UCAAGCCACACGGUAUACCCGCCGUUGUUUUAACGCAAAUUCACAAAUUGCAUACUGUGAAAUUAGUUUUCAAUUCCUUUUUUACUUUCCAGCGAUUUUGUUUUAUUUUCAUUUACCUUGCAAAAUCUUUUCAAAAAGUAAAGUAAUUACAUAACAAAAAGAAACAGAAUAAGGAGGAAAAAACGUUUCAUACAAUUUUUAAAUAUUAACGAAUAUUCAAGUGAUGAAAUUGCCGCAGGAGUGAUGAGAAUACGAUAAGUUGGAAAAAAGUAGAUAUUUCCAAUAGAAUUGACGGAGAAAAAGUGAAAGGGUAUUGAAUUGAGUGAGCUUUGUAUGAGUCAAGACUGAAUCCAACGUGAUAGGAAUGAGCAUAUGUUGUAUCCCAUACUUUCAAUGACGAAACACCAAAACAGAUAAGAAGUAAUCACGAUUGAGUUGAUAUCAACAUUGAUCACGUCGACGUCUAACACAUUUUGAUAGAAAUACGAGUGUAGAGAAAAAUUUAUCAUCGGGGAGGUAAUUCUCUGUACAACGUGCUCAACUUCAACAUGAUUUUCGGAUAACAGGGUGUAGUGGGUUUCACUCUUUUCCCGUAUGACAGAGACUUCCAGUGAGGCAGCACCCUAGCAAACUGCUUUACCGGUUGACACGUUUGUAGUCUUCUCCACGCAUCCAGGUUAUUAUUAUAUAAUUUAACUCUUGAACUCAUCCGGGAUUUAACUACCAUACUUGUUAUCAAUAAUGGUGACUUCAAGAAAAACGAAAAAUAGUAAUUAAACGUCAGCAUUGGUAGAAACAACAAUUGGAAUUCAUGAACAAGUGUAGCGACUAAAAAAUUCAACGAGUAUUUUGAACAAAGUUUCGAAGCACGUGGUCUUUCUCAGACGGCUAGUCACGGAGAACCGAAAUACGGAAAUCUCCGUUGAAGAAAACAUGAAAAUGUGUUUUGAACUCUGCAGAUUUUGAAGUUGAAGAUCAACACUGUGAGAAUUUUUUUUUUAAUAAUAAAAAGUCUUCUCUAACAGGUGUGAAAGUGGUGAAACGGUUUGAGGAUAUUUUUUGGUUAAUUUUUUUUGAGUGUAAAAAGGUAGAGUCGUCGUGGCAGUUGGCGAAGGAACAUGUCGACCGUGAUAGGAUCAGAGUUUCAUGUACCUGGACAGAACUACGGUGCCCAACCAGGGGCCCAGGUGGGUGGUGGUGGGGGUAGUAUAGGUGUACCUGGUGGUAGAGGUCCUUCACUGGGUGGAAUUCCUCAAAUUGGUCAAAGUACACCUGGUAUACAGUCUAGUGGACAACAACAGCCCCCACAGCCACCGACACCCGGUGUACAACAACAGCAGCCGCAAGGACCUGCACAAACUACAACACCACCGGUUCAUACACCAUCUCCACAAGACAUGAGUAAACAAGGCCAUUUGCAGGCGCAACCUCCCUCGUUGCAACAACAGUUCGUGCCCAAUCAGACAAGGCCUGUGACACAGACUUUCUACCAAAUGGGACCGAGACAACCACAAACUAGAAAUAUUCAUCGUGGGAAUCAGAGUGGUACUCCACAUGUUGUUGCAAUACCCAAUGUCGCUACAAGCACUGGACAACCCCCAGCCAUAUAUCAACCAAACAUCGCGGUACCCGGUACACCUCCGUUGUACGUCUCUGGACAGGUUUCUAACCUUCCACCAGCGCCUAUGUAUUCUAUGAACAACCAUAUACAGCCGCUUCUUGCCUAUCCUUCACAGCAGAGGCAUCCACCUCAUCAAUCGCCACCAUUCUUCCCGGGGUAUCCACCUCAUGCGAUUUUACCUCAAAAUGUUUAUGGUGGAUAUGCUACAGGACAUCAGCAGUGGAACUUUUAUCAGCAAACUCAUACGCCACCCAACUCGUCGAUGAAUUUGAAUAGAGCAAGUGCUAAUCCUGUGAGCGGAGGUGGUCAAAAUGUAGGAGGCCCGCUGGUCGGUGCCCAAGGAACGGCUGGUGUACCACAAGGUGCAUUACAGCAACAACAACCGCCACCACAACCGAUACCUCCAAUGGCGAUGUCACUGCAACAACCAACCUAUCCUGGUCACAAUCGUAGUGCACAGACUCCUGUGAAUACGUAUCAAAAAGUGUCGACGCGGGCACAUGCCAUAAUGGAUAUAGUGAAUCCAGAUACAGGUGAAAAUGUAGCUGGUGAGAUAUACAGAAAUGCCGCAGCGCCUGAAGAUAUCAAACCCCGUGAGACUCCUCAACCGCAGGUGAGUGACACGAAUUCGGCAAUAGCAGCCGAAUUUGCAUCGCGCGUAGCAAAAGCCGCUAGCGAAAGUGGAGAUAAUCCACCAUCGGCGAAUGUUCAGGAGCAUAAUCAUACACCGUCGUCAUCAUCGACAACAACACCGAAUAUAACAAACGUCAAACCCCAAAUAAAUACUAACAAAGAACCUAUCAAUACCCAGUGCAAUAAUGUUCCCAUAACACCUGUACAAUCUAAUGUUCCUCGAUCCUCAAAUCCUGAUAGUCAUUUAGCUGCCCAAGAAACGUGUCAAGUUAAGGUUGAUUCAAAGUCAGGGGCGUCAGUAGCCAAAGAGUGGCCACGUAAUGAUACAAAACAGCAGAUAAUUCAUCAAGAUGAACACCGAAUACCACCUCCUAUUAUUAAUAAAGACAAUAUUCCUCCCGAACAGUCCUCUCCAAUUCCUCCAGCAACUGAUUCUGAAGCAAAAAUCUCAACGACCGCUGUAGCAACAGGUUUAGUUGUUCCCCAAUCUGCAAACACUGCCCCACAAGCAGCCAAAGAGUCCUUUUCAUCGACCAAGGCGGCAUUAAGUUCACCACCAAGGCGGAAACCCCAUCAGUUACAGCUGAGUGCAGCUCAGGUCAUGUUGACUGCGACAACUGCCAUUGAUUCUCCUGCUGUGAUUAUCCCUGCACUUAGUACUCCAACUUCUGAACCUAUUAGGGAGCACGAGAGAGAACUCGGCGAGACGAGUCCCGGUUCCAAGGAUAACACACCGAGCCCAACUAACAAUCAGACUGAAGAACACCAACACUUGCAAAAGAAUGGGGAGGCGGUUGAUAAGAGUGAGGAAAUUAAAGCUGAACAAAAAUCUCCGGAUGUUAAAGGUACCCAAAAACAAAAAAAUAAGAAGCCUAAAGGCCGUGAUCUCAAUCGUAAAGGUGCGGAGAAAGAGGGUACAGACAUGGAUGCCUUCUCAGUACCCCAACCAGUGAAAACUAAUGCUAAAAUCCAGCCCGAUCAUCUCCAUGAAACCCAGCCAAUAAAGGCUGUUAGUAGUAUUGAAACAAGCAAUGAGAAUUCAGUUAAAGACAAGGGAACACCUGAGGGAAAGCCGGACAAUGAGCUGGAAUCCAUGAUUCAAUUGGAUCAGGAAACAGUUAACUCUGAGACAAUUAGAGAGAGUUCUGAGCUCCAGCAGCCAGAGAGAAAUGUUCAGAAUCAUAAAGAUGUUAGCAAAGAGACAACUCCAACCGAAAGCAGCAACAAGUCCUUGAUUGUCCCAGAGAAAGGUGCUAAUGACGUAGUUGAUCAUGCUAACAUGACAGAUGUCAAUGAGGUUGCGGCUAUUGUUGCCCAAAAGAACGAGGAAAAUGCCAAAGUAUCUGGUUUGCCUCGUACCCACAGUGAGACGAAGACUGCAUCUGUGAUUGAUAAACAGAAUGAAAAUGAACCACCCAAUCAAUCGGAAGCUAAAGCACCUCCGCAAUUGAAGUAUCAAUAUGAUGAUGAUCAGUGGAGUCCAAAAAAUGUUGCUGGAAAAAAGCGAUAUGGAAGAGAUCUUCUGAUGAAGCUUCAGGAAGACCCAAAAAGUCGAGUUAGACCUCCCAAUCUACUGGACUUGGAAGUUGUCCUCAAGGAUAGCACGAGACAGCCUAUCAGAAAUGUCGUUGAUUUGAGUGCUUACAAAGGCAAUAGAACGCACGAAACUCUGUUCCCUGGAUUUGCCAAAUCUUCUUUCAAUGCUAAACUGCCACCUCCUCCGAAUAAGAAGAGUUACCAAGGCAGCAAAAAACCGCCUAAACCAAAUGUGAUUCAUGUAUCGCUCUCGUUACGCGAGGACGUAAAACUCCGAGAAACUGAGAAUGCAUGGAAGCCAACAAGGUUAAAGAGUGAAAUGUUGCCUGGUGAAGAGGCCAAAUCACAGGCCCUUUACAAAAAAGUGAGAAGUGUAUUAAAUAAACUGACACCACAGAAAUUUAACACAUUAGUUAAUCAAGUUCGAGCAUUGGAGAUUGAUACACAAGAGAGGUUACAGGGGGUUAUUGAUUUAGUAUUCGAGAAAGCUGUGGAUGAGCCAAGUUUUUCAGUUGCUUAUGCCUUGAUGUGUAAAGAAUUGAGUGGUAUGAAAGUAUCGACAGGGGAAAAACGAGUUGAUGAAACUGGAAAAAAGGUGGAUGUGUACGUUGACUUCCGUAAAUUAUUGGUUACACGCUGUCAAAUGGAAUUUGAAAAAAACAUGGUUGAUGAAUCAGCGAGAGCAGCUAAAGUACAGGAGAUUGAAAAUACAACUGAUCCGGAGAAAAAGAAAGAGCUCCAGUUUAAUUUAUCGGAAGAAGACAGAAGGAUACGAAUGAAAUCUGUUGGAAAUAUUCGAUUUAUUGGAGAACUGUAUAAACAAGAGAUGCUUAUUGCUAAAAUUAUGCACACAUGUGUCAAACAUCUUCUUGCAACACCUGACGAAGAAAAUCUCGAGUGUCUUUGCAAAUUAUUAACUACAAUUGGUAAAACAUUGGAGCCUAAGAGCGAACCUUCAGUUUUCCCUGGAUAUUUCAACCAAUUAGCAGAAUUGUCUAGUAAGAAAUCGAGUAAGAAAAUCAGUUCGAGAGUUAGGUUCAUGAUUCAAGAUGUUAUCGACUUGAGGGCUAGUCAAUGGAUACCUAGGAGGGAUGACAGUAAUCCGAAGACUAUGGAUCAAAUUCAGAAGGAGGCAGAGUCAGAACGAUUAGAAAUUCAAAUGAAUAAUUGUACACCUAUGAAUACACCAAGAAAGGACGAUCGGAACAAUGACAGAAGGAGAAAUCGUGGUGGUGGUGGUGGUGGUGGUGGCGGUGGCUCAGAGGAUGGAUGGACCGUUGCAACACUUGGAAAAACAAAUAGGCAGCCAUAUUCUAUCGAGGCUUCAAAAUUGAAUGCGAAGUCACUCCCACUGGACGAAAUCAAAUUGGGUAAUAGAAGCGCAUAUUUGUUUGGUGGAUCUGCUGCGGCUGCUAAACCAAAUACACUUGGCACUCCCAAUAAGUACGCUGCGCUGGAGAACUUGGAACAGGAUAAGCAACGAGUAACACCUCAGUUACCAGGAUCGAGAUCCACCGGUGCGAGAGAGUACGGCAGAUCUGAUCAAUACAAAGGAUGGGAAGGUCGAGGCUCAAGAAAUGGUGGUCAUGUGAAUAGCAGUAGCAUGUCAUCGAGUCGUGAAGGCUCGCUCCUGGAGGCAUCUCGUAGUCAGAGCGUCUCAAUGCCCACACAAUCGAUGAAAUACAAACCACCUCCCGCAAUGGUGAUGCCAAGUAAUCCUAUCAGUAGUAAGCCCCCGAAAACAGAGGAACAAUUGAAUAAAAUUAUCAGAGUUGUCCUGGAUAUGUGCAAUGGUCCUCAGACCGAUGCAUUCAUUACGGAUGCUGUAGAUACGGUGAAAGAGCACUUUGACAAUUCCACGUAUCCAUUGUUUGUACGGGAGACAUUGAACUCAAUACUAGAGAAACCUGGUCCAUUUAGGCAGCGAUUCGCAGCUCUUUAUGCUUACAUGAUAAACAAUAAUAUGAUUCCCCUGUCACUAUUCCAAUCUGAAUAUGAAAAAAUUUUGGAAAUAGCCGACGACCUAGUCAUUGAUAUCCCCAAAUGUUGGACAUAUUUUGCAGAAAUUCUAUCGGAAAUAAUUAGGCUCGGUGCUCAUACGCUGGCCGAGUUGAAGAAAACUACAGCGGUGCUCAAAUCUAUGGGUAGCUGUGGUAAGUUAAUGGGCGAACUAUUGAGCAAGCUUGCGAAAGAUCUAGGACCCAAAGUAGUAGCUGAUAAAUGGGACCAAAGUGGACUGCGAUGGGCUGAUCUCGUUGAUACGUCGCAUGAAAAUCCAGACGAUAUUGUUCAAAGAUAUAAACUUGAAUUCCUGACGUCUGACUGUAUUGGUACUGAGAAAUGUUCGGGUGCUGAAUUAACAUUGGAGCAAAUACAUGACCAAUUGGUUAACUUAAUGCGUGGCAGCCAUUUUGAUAACAUUACCGGUUGGAUCUCGGCGAAUGUCGGUGGUAAGUCCAAACAGCCACAAUUUAUUAGAGUUCUGGUCACUGCUAUUUUAGAAGUUUCUAUGGAACCGAUACCUGCUGUAGGAUCAAACUCUGCUUCCUGGAAACUUAAUAGUGAAAUUUUCAAGAGUUUAUUACCCUUAAUAACGCGCUACGUGGACACAGAGCCACACCUGGAGCUCCAGUGUUUGUUCGCAAUUCAAGUCUAUGUUCACAAAUUGGAGCACCCUCAAGGAGUCCUUGGUAACGUAAUCGAUGCCUUAUGUGAAGGUAGCAUAAUCUCAGAUGAUGCUUUCCUCUCGUGGCAAAAAUGCACAGACCCAGCAGAAAUGAUGGGCCAUGCAGUAGCGGUUGUAACUCUCACAUCAUUCUUCGUUAGCCUUGGAGAAACUCUCGAUGAGUCCAGCGAGGAGGCAUGAGAAGGCCUCAGCACAUUUGGUGGCUCCAAUGGAUUAUAAUGAAUUAAAAAAAUACCCAGGAACGAGUCAAGAAAAAUCGAUCCACGUAUUUUUUCUCUUCAAAAUACGAUUUACUUACAAAUCUACAAGUUAUACAAGCCGUCGAUGUUUUUUUUGUUGUUGCAUCCAAUGUGACAUUUCAUGAAAAUGCUCAACUCGUCUCCUUGACUCGUGUCUUCAAGAGAACUCGUGCUAAACAAACAAAAAAGACUUUAUAUUUUUUAGAAAGAAAUUUCCUGAACAUUAAACUAACAAAAAAGUAUAAAGAAAAACGUUUCUCUUCAUUAACAAACAAAUUUGAGGCCAAAUUGCUGAGAAAGUUUUCCAAGGAAAACUUUUCAACAUUAUAAAACAUUAAGUGAAACCAUUGAAAUAUGACUAAUAUUGUAACAAGUGGGGAUUUAUGCGGAGUUGUAUGUAUUGUAGUCUAGGACGAGGCAAAGCGAAGAUUUAGACGGGUUAGAACGAACGAAAUGGAGUUAUUAUAAUAAAACGUUAAAAAAAUCGAAUGUGAGAGAGAGAGAGAGAGAGAGAGAGAGAGAGAGAGAGAGAGAGAGAGAGUAAUUACGAGAAAAUCGUUGUAUUUGAGAUACGCUAUACAUAAUGAAUAUAAAUAUUUAAAUUAAUGAAUUAUUACUAUAAUUACUAUUAUUAUAAUUAUUAUUAUUAUCUAUUGAAUACGAAGUAUAAUUUGAAGCUGAGAAAACAAGGCGAUGAAAUGUGGAUAAAAUUGAUACAUAAUUGGGCGUACAUACAUGAUAUAUUUUAAAUUUCAUAUUAUUUUGUAUGUGUGCUCAUGUAUAAAAACUUAAUGACGCGUUGACAUAAGCUCCACGCUUUUUUGCACGGUCAAUCAUUGAUAACAAUCGCAACAAUAACGACAAGCAAUUUAUAAAAAAUAAAUACAAUACAUUGAUAUAAAAAAACGAUAUUGUGAGGGUUCCUCCUCAACAAUUGAAAUUAAUUAGUCCAUCAUACUUUCUUAGGUGAACUCUACGACUGAGCCAAAAAAAUUGAGAAUAAAAAAAGUUAUUCUCAUUACAGAAGACAUUCAAAAUUGUAUUGAAUAAUGCAUUACAUUCAGGGAUGAUAGAACAUUCAUCACGGACAUUGAAAUACUGUGCUUUAUCGAAGCGUUACUAUUUUUCAAAACAGCCCUAGUUAUUUAUAGAGAAAAAAAAAAAUAGGAUUAAUUAGAAAUGGCGAAAUGUGUGAAUGCCGAGGAAACGAAUGUAUGGUUGUUUGUUCCUGUGAAUUUUUUUAUGACCGAGAAAUUGUCACUGUGCCGUUUAAGUGAGGAGUAUAUAUAUAGUAUACGUCGAGAGUCCGAGAACUCUCACACUUCAUGAAGUUCGCUAAAAUCACAUCGUCAUUCUGCCAAUGCAAAUGAAGAAUAAUUAAGAUGAAUACUCCGAUGAUACGAAGAGUACUCACGUGCACAUAUAACUGGUGUAAAUAGCAUAUUAUUAAUGAAAAAAGGAAAUCCAAUUAAUUAUGAUUUUUCAAUGGAAUUGUUUUGUCCAAUAAAUCGGAAGAGUUACAUAAAGGAAGAUACACAGAAGAAGAUCAUGGGUGAAUAUCCGGUCACGGCGUAUCGCGAAAUUGAUCGACACCCGGCUGGUCGGGGCGAUGACAUGAAGCUUCCCAAAUCGAAUGGAGAGAUGAAAAUUUUGAAGAAAUCGGCUGCGUAACCUCAACAUUCGCUUGCAUGAAAAAUCUUGUAAUUACUGAAAAUUAUUUUAUUCUCUCCUCCUUGAUUGCCUUGUAAUUUCUCAACCGGCGUACAGAUGAAAAGGCUUAAGAUUUGAAAUAUUGAUUCUGGAAGAUCGAUGGCAAGCGAUAUUUGCAGAUAAAUGAAGCGCCCAGGUACAUAAAUAAUCAUCUUUUAUUUGUCAUGUAAAUAAAUGGAUUCGGUCGCGCCCCCAAGUUUCAUAAGUAAAUCUAAAGAUUCACUGGAUGAAAUCGCGAACUGUAAUUAUUACUGACUAAAUGGACGGAAAAAUAUAUGAAAAUCCAAAAAAGUGAAACAAGAUUUUUAAGAAUUAAAUGAAUAAAACAUCGCUGUAAGUGUUCGCAGAUUUCGUAUCUCGGGUCGUUUUUGUCUGUAAGUUUUUAUUGGAGUAUAAUACUAUGCAAAUCCAAAAAAAAGACCCCGGAGAGAUGCGGAUGUCUGAACAUUGUAUGUUCAUUUUUUACACUCCGUUAAUCUACAAAUAUAAAAAAAUAAUUAAAAAAUAAUUGAGCGAACGAUGAUGUGAAUUUAAUUUAAUUUUUGCUUCCUAUCCCGACGUCAUUGACGUUACUUUUUCCAAUGAAAUACGUCCAGGAUGAGAAAACACGCUAUAAAGAACUCAAAUGAACGAAAGCAGUGCAGUCUAUUGGGGGAUCACAUGGUGUUUUUUUUCAGACUAGAUUUAAUUGUCCAUAUGAGUAUCUUUGUUUUUUUUCCUUGGUUUGAUUCUCAAAGACGUUCCAUACAAAUACCCCUUCGCAUUAGGUAAUAAAUGAAUAAAUAACAAUAAAAUAUAUUGAAAAAUGCUAGUGUAAUUUACACGAGGGUACUGAAGUUGUUGAAUGAUCAUAUAGAUUCUAUAUUAUAGAAUAAUAAUUACAUUAAAAAAAUGAAGGGGGAGAGUGAAAUUGAAUGGCCGAUGUAUGGCGAAUGUGUGAAGGAUGAUAAAUAACUGUGAAAAAAAGAUGCUAGGAUACUGUAAAUAAAAAUAGCAAUAUAGUGAAGAAAAAGUGAAGGUGAUGAUGUAAUACUUGGUGACGAAUGGGCAGUGUUGAGUGUGCAAUUCGUGUCAAUUUCUAAACAGCCAAUAGUAACCAUUUGAAAAUACGUUGUGUAUUUUCACACUGCUUUUUUUAUUCAUUUCUAAUAUAUAUAUAUAUAUAUAUAUAUAUAUAUAUAUAUAUAUAUAUAUAUAUAUNAUAUAUAUAUAUAUAUAUAUAUAUAUAUAUAUAUAUAUAUAUAUAUAUUACACUAUGACACCCGAUAGACAAAAACCCAAAUACCUUCUAUAUUAAAUCAUAUCUAUAAUUUAAAAAAAUAAAAAAGAGCUCACGCCAGAGGCUAAAUAGGCAAUUUUUUAAAUUUAGACAUCUCAUCUCAUGAACAUCGAAAUGGAAACAUUUCUCAAUUUCAUAAACUAUUCCAACCGUUUCGAUCCAUCUUCUGAAAUUAACUUUUCAUAGCCAUCAUUGGCCGUAUAACAAAAUCUAAGCGCAAAAGAGAAGACGAAAAAAACUUCUUUUUUUCCGACAUAUUGAAUUUACUAAUUGUAAGUAAUCAUCAUUGGAGGGUUUAUUAAUUCUGCUCAACAAAUAUGACAUAAAUACAGUCACGAAGAGCUCUAUUGCAUACGCUCAGUGUAAAAUAAAUGCGGGAAUGAUUUAUGUGGAA